AUGGCACAGUAAGCAAUUUUCAAGUUUAGCAACUAAAAUCAAUACAAUGUGUAUGACUCAUAUAUGCAAAGGUCACCAGAAGAGAAGUAAGCUAGGUAAAGAUAAAGGAGAUAAGCCAAACAGAAUUAGGAAAAUCAAAUGUCACAGGAAGAUUUUGAUAAUAAAGUUGUGGAAUCGCUAGCCAAAUUCUAGGUGGCAUUUGAUUAGUUGAAGUCAUAAAACCCUCAGGGUAAGAUUGAGAUAGUUAAGAAAUCUCCUACUGAGUUAGAAAUAAAGAUAAAGCAAUUCGGUUCAUAUAGAUUCUAUGCUGACUAGAGUUCAAUGCAACUAUUUCUUUAAUCACCUGAGAGUGGACUUCAUAAUUACUAAUUUGACUCAAAUAAUGGGUAGUGGACAAGCAUGAUGCAAGUACAUUUCCUAGAAGAAUUACUAGUUAGAGAAGUAACCCCAAAGACUAAUGGAAUGCUUGUUUUAUGA